ACCCUACACAGUGUCUCGUACAUAACAAAUCUGACCAUUGAGACACAGAAAACAACAACAAACGAAAUCUCAAUUGUGCUUCCUUCACCAUCAGGAACGUUGCAAAGAGAUGAGCUUGCAAAUUCGAAGAGAACGGAAGGAUUGGUCAAGGGCUCGAUCACAAGCUCCUGUUCGUCAGGAAUGGGUUCCUAGAGGUGCAUCCAGCACUGUUGUCCAGCCAUCAAAUUUGAACUCACAUCAAAAUGCUAAUGCUGAUGCUGAUUCUGGUUGCUCCAAUCAUGGUUUUGCUGUUGCUCCACCCGUGACUCGGCAUAGAAGCAAUGAUGGUAAUCAUAGGAUGGAAAAGGAAAAGGAAAAGGAAAAGGAAAGGGAUAAAGGGAGAAGUGGGAAUCAGGUGGUGAGGGGAUUAGGAUUAGGAUUGAGAGACUCAAGUUUGCCUCAGUUGGUGCAAGAGAUUCAGGAGAAGCUCAUAAAAGGCACCGUGGAGUGCAUGAUUUGCUAUGACAUGGUCCGUAGGUCGGCGCCUGUUUGGUCUUGCUCAAGUUGCUACUCUAUCUUUCAUCUGAGUUGCAUCAAGAAGUGGGCUAGGGCACCCACCUCAGUUGAUUUGUCUGCGGAGAAGAAUCAAGGGUUUAAUUGGCGGUGUCCCGGUUGUCAGUCUGUGAAGCUCAUGUCUUGGAAGGAGAUUAGGUAUAUUUGCUUUUGUGGGAAAAGGCCAGACCCUCCAUCUGAUUUGUAUCUGACACCACAUUCGUGUGGAGAACCAUGUGGGAAGCCUCUUGAGAGGGAGUUGUUGGUUAGUGGAAUGAGCAAGGAUGAUCUUUGCCCUCAUGUUUGUGUCUUGCAAUGUCAUCCGGGUCCAUGCCCUCCCUGUAAAGCAUUUGCCCCUCAACGUUUGUGCCCUUGUGGGAAGAAAACAAUUACCACCCGUUGCUCUGAUCGGCAGUCUGUUCUUACCUGUGGCCAGCGCUGUGAUAAGCUUCUUGAAUGUGGGCGUCACCGCUGUGAAAACGUUUGUCAUGUGGGUCCUUGUGAUCCUUGCCAGGUUCUAAUAAACGCCUCUUGCUUUUGCAGUAAAAUGAUGGAGGUUAUUCUUUGUGGGGACAUGUCUGUGAAGGGUGAAUUCAAUGUAGAUGAUGGAGUUUUUUCUUGUGGUUCCAAUUGUGGAAAGAAACUUAGUUGUGGGAAUCAUAUCUGCAGUGAGAUUUGUCAUCCAGGCAGCUGUGGGGAGUGUGAACUUUUACCAAGCCGGGUUAAGACUUGCCCUUGUGGGAGAACAAGGUUGGAGGAUGAACGCCAGAGUUGCUUGGAUGCUAUACCUACCUGCUCUCAAGUAUGUGGCAAGCUCCUUCCUUGUGGGAUGCAUAAUUGUAUAGAAACAUGUCAUGUUGGGGAAUGUCCACCUUGUUUGGUUCUAGUUUCACAGAAGUGUCGUUGUGGCUCAACUUCUCGAACUGUGGAGUGCUAUAAGACAAUAAUGGAGAAUGAGAAAUUUACUUGUGCAAAGCCUUGUGGGCAGAAAAAGAACUGUGGAAGGCAUCGAUGUAGUGAAAGGUGUUGUCCUCUUUCUAAUCCAAAUAAUAAUUUAAGUGGGGAUUGGGAUCCUCACUUUUGUUCCAUGUCAUGCGGAAAGAAGCUUAGAUGUGGUCAGCAUGUGUGUGAAUCACUGUGUCACAGUGGUUAUUGCCCACCUUGUCUUGAAACAAUCUUUACCGAUUUGACUUGUGCUUGUGGUAGGACUUCAAUCCCUCCUCCUCUACCUUGUGGUACACUGCCUCCCUCGUGUCAGCUUCCAUGUUCAGUUCCUCAACCAUGUGGCCAUUCAGGCUCACACAGUUGCCAUUUUGGAGACUGCCCUCCUUGUUCAGUGCCUGUAGCAAAAGAAUGCGUUGGUGGGCAUGCUGUUCUUAGGAACAUACCUUGUGGUUCAAAGGAUAUUAGAUGCAAUAAUCUCUGUGGCAAGACCAGACAGUGUGGUUUACAUGCAUGCGGCAGAACAUGUCAUCCCCCACCUUGUGAUAAUACAUCUGGUUGUGUGCAAGGUUUCCAAGCACCAUGUGGCCAAACAUGUGGUGCUCCAAGGCGAGACUGCCGGCAUACGUGUAAGGCUCCAUGUCACCCUUCAUCUCCAUGCCCGGAUAUAAGAUGCGAAUUCCCUGUUACAAUUACUUGUUCUUGUGGCCGUAUAACAGCAAAUGUUCCUUGUGAUGCUGGUGGUGGUAGUAGUAGUAACUAUAAUGCUGAUGCCAUACAUGAAGCUUCUAUUAUUCAAAAGUUGCCUGUUCCACUUCAACCGGUUGAUGCAAAUGGCAUAAAAAUUCCCCUUGGAAAAAGAAAGCUGAUGUGUGAUGAUGAAUGCGCUAAGUUGGAGCGUAAAAGAGUUCUUGCUGAUGCUUUUGACAUUAGUGCUUCAAGUCUGGAUUCUCUCCAUUUUGGUGAAAACUCUCUUUCUUCUGAAUUGCUUUCUGACUUGUUCAGACGUGAUCCGAAGUGGGUUUUAGCUGUUGAGGAGAGAUGCAAAUUUUUAGUACUUGGCAAGAGCAGAGGAACUGCACGUAGUUUAAAAGUCCAUGUUUUUUGUCCUAUGCUGAAGGAUAAAAGAGAUGCAGUGAGGUUGAUUGCUGAAAGAUGGAAACUUGCAGUGAAUGCUGCUGGUUGGGAGCCUAGGCGAUUUAUCGUAGUUUCUGUUACCCAAAAAUCAAAGGCCCCAGCUCGUGUGUUAGGGGCUAAGGGUACCACAACUUCAAGUACUCCUCUUCCUCCUGCAUUUGAUCCUUUGGUAGAUAUGGACCCGCGGCUUGUUGUCUCAUUUCUAGAUUUGCCAAGGGAAGCUGAUAUCAGUGCCUUGGUGUUGAGAUUUGGUGGUGAGUGUGAGCUUGUUUGGUUGAAUGACAAGAAUGCUUUAGCUGUUUUCCAUGAUCCUGCCCGAGCUGCAACUGCAAUGAGGAGGUUGGAUCAUGGAUCAGUUUAUCAGGGAGCUGUUUCGGUUGCAGCAUCUUCAGCUACCAAUGCCUGGGGAGGAGCUGGGACAAUGAAAGAAGGAGGAGCACUGUCAGCAUUGAAAGGUAAUCCAUGGAGAAAAGCUGUAGUACAAGAGUCUAGUUGGAGAGAAGAUUCUUGGGGUGAUGAAGAUUGGUCUACUGGUUCUGCUAAUAUCCAGCCAUCUGUUUGGAAGAAAGAAGCUCCACUAACUGCUUUGUUAAAUCGUUGGAAUGUCUUAGACCAGGAAUCGAGCACAAGUUCAUCGUUUACAACUGUUGGAACUGAAGUUUCUGGGAAAAAUACUGAAAGUAGUGUUGUCUCAAGGUUGGAGUCUCACGCAGGUGGGUCAAAUGAAGAAGGGCAACUUGGAGGAAACUCAGAUGUAGCUGAAGUUUCUGAAGUAGUAGAUGAUUGGGAGAAGGCUUAUGAAUGAGGAAAAAAACAAGAACAAGAAGCAAACACACUUUCUAUGUUAGAAAUUAUAUUCUGUUGAUAAAGAGGCAUGUAAGGCCUCCUUGCCUUGUUUUAUCAAUUUUGGCAAGUUGAGGACAUUUUCUUUGUUUUAGGUAAAUGUUUCAAAUUCAAAGUGAUUGGAUCACCCAUGCCUAGAUUGAGCAAUGGGGUAUAGAAAGAAAUGCAUUUUAUAAAAGUGCUACAUGUUGUCAAAGAGCAUUGAGUUAAUAUAGUCCUCGACUCUUUGGAUUGAAAAUCAAUUUAUAAAUCAAGUUUUGAUUUCUCUUGACGGAAGAAAGAGGUCUGAGUUUGAUACAUACAAGGAAAUUCAAGGUCCUAAACCCAAAAGCUUAGCAUGCCAAUUCUGUUGACUUUUUUUGGUUUUUCAAGGUAUCUUCCGGCCGACAUCUAAAGACUAAUCAUUUCGAGACGAGAGAUCACGUUAAGUGGAUAAACUUUUUCUAACAAAGUUUUUUUUCAUAUGUACGA